AUGUUCUUUAAAGUAAUCGUUUUGGCCGCUUUUGUGGCAAUUGCUGCCAGCCACGAGCAACACGGACACAAAUCUUCCCUCAAACAGGAAUCCUCCUACGGUUAUGAUAUUCACUUCUCCCACACCGGCGAAAAGAGCCACCAUGAAGUUCCCGUCCAUCACCACCAGGAAGAACAACAUGCACAAUCCACUUCCAAUGAACAUCAUUAUCAUCAUGAAGCCGCUGUAGCCCAAGAAUCUCAUAAACAUGAGCCCACUCAUGAACCACACUACGAAUUCGGUUACACCGUGCAUGACCCACACACCCACGAUAUCAAGUCUCAAAAGGAAGAACGUUACAAGGAUCAUGUUAAGGGAGAAUACACUUUGGUUGAACCCGAUGGUCACAAAAGGAUCGUCGAAUACACUGCCGACAAACACAGUGGUUUCAACGCACACGUCCGCAGGGAACAUGAACAUCAUCAUGCCGCCUCAGUAGCCCAAGAAUCUCAUCACCACGAACAGUCAGCCUCCAAUGAACAUCAUUAUCAUCAUGAAGCUGCAGUAGGCCACGAAUCUCAUAAACAUGAGCCCACUCAUGUACCACACUACGAGUUCGGUUACACCGUACAUGACCCAAAAACCCAUGAUGUCAAAUCCCAAAAAGAAGAACGUUACAAGGAUCACGUUAAGGGAGAAUACACUUUGGUUGAACCCGAUGGUCACAAGAGGAUCGUCGAAUACACUGCCGACAAGCACAGCGGAUUCAACGCACAUAUCCGCAGGGAGCCAAUCCACCAUUAUUAA